AUGUCUCGUCUAAAUGAGAGCGAAGCUCCACUAUACCAGGACACCUCACGGUGGUUUGGGAUCACUCCCCCGAUCAGUGAGGAUCUGCCCGAGGAGGCUGACUUGAUCCAGACCAGAGCACUGUUUGAGGCUUUGAGAUCGUUUGGUGUAUUUGAGGAUGACUUGGAGCUGAAACACAGAGAGAAAGUUGUGAAACAACUGGAGUCACUCUUUAAAGAAUGGCUCAUAGAGAUCUGUGUAGAAAUGAACGUACCUGAAUCAGUUACCGCACACGUUGGAGGCAGGGUCAUCCCGUUUGGCUCCUUUCAUCUGGGAGCUCACAUGAAAGGUGCUGAUAUCGAUGUCCUCUGUGUUGGACCCGGUUUUCUCGAGAGAGAAGACUUCUUCACUUCCUUCUAUAAGAAGCUGAAAGCUCAGGAGGAGGUCAAAGACAUACGGGCCAUUGAAGAGGCAUCUGUCCCUGUCAUCAAGUUGUCUUACGAUGGAACUGAGAUCGACUUAGUCUUUGCCCGAGUGGGACGCAAAAGCGUUUCUGACAAACUGGAUCUCCUUGACAGCAACUUGUUGAGGUCCAUGGAUAAACGCUGCGUCAAGAGUCUCAAUGGCUUCAGAGUCACAGAGGAGAUCCUCAGGGCCGUGCCCAAUGUUCACAACUUCAGGCUCGCUCUGAGAGCCAUCAAGCUGUGGGCCAAACGCCGCAACAUUUAUUCCAGCGCCCUUGGCUUCCUGGGCGGUGUCUCAUGGGCCAUACUGGUCGCCAGAAUCUGCCAGCUGUACCCCAACGCCACAGCGGCCACCCUGGUGACCAAAUUUUUCAAGGCCUUCUGUUUGAUGAAGUGGCCAAAUGUGGUUCAGCUGAGGGUGCCAGAGGCCUGCAAUCUCAACCACCCUGUUUGGGAUCCAAGGAUUAAUCCAAGUGACCGGCGCCACGUCAUGCCGAUCAUCACCCCAGCAUACCCAGAGCAGAACUCCGCAGUCAAUGUGUCUCCCUCCACACUGGCCAUCAUGAUGGAGGAGAUCCAGCGGGGCCGUGCCAUCACUGAGGAAAUACUGCAGAAAAAUGCAGACUGGGACAAACUGUUUGAAACACCAAACUUCUUUGAGAAGUACAAGCAUUACAUUUUGGUGGAAGCUUCUUCUGCUACAGUGAAGCCACAUCUGGAAUGGAUUGGCCUGGUUGAGUCUAAAAUCAGACUCCUGGUGGGAAAACUGGAGAGAAAUGUUUACAUUUCUCUGGCCCACGUUAAUCCGCAGUCCUUCCCGGGAUCCACGAAGAGCAAAGCAAACACAAUGUGGCUGAUCGGACUCGACUUUAAUAUGGACGGGUAUAAAAACCUGAACAUCGACGUGACCCAAGACCUCCUCUCCUUCAGAGACACAAUCUACAGUCAGGCCAAGACCUGUAAGAUUUAUGGGGAGGGGAUGACCGUAUCAGCCAGAUACAUGAGCAGAGACAAUCUCACCUGGCAGAUGCCAAACGGACAACUCAAAAGGGUUUACAGCCCAAAACGCCAGCCCACAGAGAGCCGUCAGCGCGCUGUCCCAGCGAGUGGCACCGCACCUGUCAACGCAGGCCGAGCAGCCGCCAAGAGAAAAGGCUGCGCUCACACUGAUGUGCCAACCAAGAAGGUGAAAGCUGACAAGGCUUCAGUGUCUUUGGCUAAAGGCUCAGCUGUCCGAGUAUCUACACCCAUCAAACCUGCUUCAUCCUCCAUGACUCCAAAAGCUAAAACCAGACCUCGCUCCCCUGACAUACAAACUUCGCCUAAGAAGUUUAAAUCUGAUAAGGAACCAGCCAGCAGCACCUCCUCUCAGGCCUCUGCAGGCGUCUCACUCAGUCAGAGCCCACGAGGCACCAAGAGACCUCACAGUACUGAGCCCGAGACACCGAGCAAGAGAGCCAUAAUUGAGCUGGAUCUGCCGACUGUUGAGCUGCCAGAGCAGUCUGUCUGCCCCAUCCAGCCUGCUACAGCUGUGAAGAAAGCCAUCAGACUCCAGCUGAUCAGCAGACGCAACUGAUUCAGCUCAUGAGCAAGAGGGAUUUAAACAUCCGCACCCUCCAGCAC